AUGGCAAUUGUUCAGAAUUGGCUCCCGCCUUCGCGCGAGAAUUGGGAGCUCAUCAGCUCAGUUUGGCAGCUAUUUCCGCUGUUCGCCGCGGUUCAAUGGUUCAUCGAUUGGUACCCGCAGGGCAAGACGUCGACGGACUCGCGCUGGAACCUGCCGGGCAAGUGGGCAUGGUUCACGAUGGAGAUACCCGGCGCCGCCACGCUGCUAUACAUCAUGUACACCCUACCUAAGGAGCUCAACCUGACCGAGCCGCUGCCCUGGGGCAACUGGACCAUGGCAGGGAUGUUUACAAUCCACUACGCCUACCGCGCGGUCCUCGCCCCGCUCUUCCUCAACCCGAGCAUGUCGCCCAUCCACCCCUUCGUCUGGGCCUGCGCCACCUGCUGGCAGCUCUUCAACGCCGUGUCGCUGGGCGGCUGGCUGGCCGGCCACGGCCCGCGCACGCCGCACGACUGGGCCGGCCGCCUGUACUUCGCCGAGGUCGGCCUGGUCGUCUGGGGCUGGGGCCUGCUCGCCAACAUGUACCACGACGACGACCUGCGCGAGAUCCGCCGCGCCGCCGCGCGCCGCCAGCAGCGCGAGGCUGAGAAGACGGGCAAGCCUGCUGAGGGCGUCGACAAGGUGUACAUGCUGCCCAAGAACGGCCUGUUCAGGUGGGUGCUGUACGCGCACUACUUGUGCGAGUGGGUCGAGUGGUGCGGGUUCUGGAUGGUCGGCGGUUGGGGCUGCACUCCGGCGAGGAGCUUUGUGCUGAAUGAGAUCUCGACCAUGCUGCCGCGGGCGGUGCAGGGCAAGAGGUGGUAUAUUAAGAAGUUUGGAGCGGACAAGGUGGGAAACAGGAAAGCGGCGAUUCCGGGGAUCCUUUAG